AUGUCAUACUAUCCCUGCAAUAUCAUUGUCAGGCGAAACUCCAUAUUAUCCGGCGAACUUAAACGAUUGCAGAAUGCCCAAAAAAGACAAUAUUUUUCCACAAUCCCAUGCCAUCGCACCAUCCUCCCACUCUGCGCCUCCGCAAAAUCACUCCAACAAACCAAGCAAUGCCACGCGAUUGCCCUCCUGAAUGGCUACCUCCCAAACAGCAUUUCCGUCUCCGCUUCUCUCAUCCUCCAGUACGCCACCUUCGGAGACCCAUCAACAUCCCGCCUUCUGUUUCACCAAUCACUCCCCUACUCUCGCUCUGCUUUCUUGUGGAACAAGAUCACGCGAGCUUACAGCAUUGCCGGAGUUUACGAUGCGUUUCAAAUUUAUAAUCUGAUGAUUCGUAAUGGUGUUAGGCCCGAUGAUCAUUCUUUCCCAUUUGUUCUCAAAGUUUGUUCGGAUUAUCACGAGGUCUGGAAGGGACAAGAGGUUCAUGGGUUGGUUUGCAAACUGGGUUUUGAUUCUGAUGUAUUUGUUGGGAACACCCUUCUGAGAUUUUAUGGUGAGUGUAGUAGCAUAAAUGAUGCAGAGAAAGUGUUCGAUGAAAUGCCUGAGAGAGACGCUGUGACAUGGAACACACUUAUCGCAGUAUUUUCAAUCAAGUUUUCUUACGAUAAAGCAAUUGCCUUUUUUAGGGACAUGAGAUCCCAACCACUCUAUUCUGGGGUUAGCCCAAAUGUAGCCACCAUUGUAAGCUUGUUACCCGUGUGUGCAUCUAUUGAAGACUUUGCAAUCACAAGCGAGAUUCAUAGUUAUGUCAUCAAGAUGGGAUUCAGUGAUGACAUUAAAAUAAACAAUGCUUUCAUCGAUGCAUAUGGGAAAUGUGGCAAUUUAAAAGCCUAUCAUCAUCAAGAUGCCAUACUUUUCUUCCAAUACAUGAUCAACAAAUCUAUCACACCAAACUCUGUUGCUAUUUCUAGCAUCCUGCCUAUCAUAGUUGAUCUUGAAUGUCUUCAAUGGGGAAUCGAGCUUCAUGGUUUUAGUAUAAGAACCGGUAUCGAAUCCGAUAUAUUUGUAGCCAAUUCUUUACUAGACAUGUACGCAAAAUUCAGGUAUCCCAUUAAAGCAUCAAACAUUUUCAACAAUAUUCACUCGAAAAAUAUCGUAUCAUGGAACACGAUGAUAGCUAAUUAUGCUCAAAACGGAUCUGAAUUGUUAGCUUUACAAACAUUAAGAGAAAUGCAAGCUCAUGGCAUAGUCCCGGGACCCGUAACCUUAACAAACAUUCUUCCCGCUUGUGCACGAAUCGGUCAUUUAUCCCAUGGAAAACAGAUACAUUGUAAGUCAAUCCGAAACGGGUUUGACUUUCAAAUAUUCAUAUCGAAUGCACUUAUUGACAUGUAUGCAAAAUGUAGUCGUUUAGAUCUUGCAAGAAGCGUUUUCAAUGUAUCAUAUAAAGAUAAAAUAUCAUACAACACACUCAUAUCGGCUUAUUCUCAUACAAACACAUCCUUCGAGUCUUUGAUUUUGUUUCGCGAAUUAGGGUUAAAAGAUAUGGAAUAUGACACCGUGUCUUUUUCCGGGGCACUUUCGGCUUGUGCCAAUAUGGCGGAAAUCAAGAAAGGUAAGGAGAUUCAUGGGGUUUGUUUAAAAAAAGGGUACACACCACUUAUGGGUCCCACCCACCAACCGGUCCCAAACCUGAUGUCUUCUGACUCCUCAGUUAUAGAUUCUCACCUCCUUACUGUUAAACAGCUGCAUUCCCUCAUUGUUUCCAACUCGAUCUUGGAUCUUUACGCGAAAUGCGGGCGCAUCGAUCUUGCUAAAAAGGUAUUCGAUCGGAUCCCCAACAAGGAUACGGCCUCAUGGAACACGAUGAUCAUGGGGUAUGGAAUGCGUGGCGAGAUUGACACUGCAAUCGGUUUAUUCGAAUCCAUGGGAGAUGAUGAUCAUGUGAGACGAGAUUCGAUUAGUUACGUAGCGGUUUUAUCCGUUUGUAGCCAUGGAGGGUUAGUUGAAUUAGGGAGGAAAUAUUUCAAAAAGAUGAAAGAGGACAAGAUUGAAGUGACACAAGUGCAUUAUGGGUGUAUGGUUGAUAUUUUUGGGCGGGCCGGGUUGUUGGAGGAGGCGGUGGAGAUGAUAAAUGGGAUGUGGGUGGAACCGGAUGCAAAUGUGUGGGGGUCUUUACUUGGCGGGUGUCGGAUCCAUGGGGAUAUUGAGUUGGGUCGGUGGGCGGGUGAGAAUUUGUUUAGGUUAAAACCGGGUCAUUCGGGGUAUUAUACUUUGGUUUCGAAUAUGUAUGCGGAAGCUGGGAAGUGGUGUGAAGUGGAUGGGAUUAGGGAGUUGAUGAAGGUGAGGGGAGUGAAAAAGAACCCCGGUUUUAGUUGUGUUUAA